CGAUAAUUUCAUCAGAACAUUCUUCAAGAAUAACCAACAACUUGAAACCUAACUUACCAGAAAUAGAAGAAUAUCAAAAUGUCGACAACAUUCAAAGCCAUAAGAGACCGGACAUACUCAGGCGUAGGAGACCUCAUCAGACUCCUCCCGACAGGAACCGUCUUCUUGUUUCAGUUCUUAAACCCUGUCUUAACCAACAAUGGACAUUGCCUCCUUAUCAACAAAUACUUAACCGGAGCUCUUAUCGUUAUAUGCGCCUUCUCGUGCUGCUUCACUUGCUUCACCGAUAGCUACCGAACUAGUGACGGUUACGUUCACUAUGGAGUCGCUACCGUGAAGGGUAUCUGGCCAGAUUCUUCUUCAAAGGAUUUGUCUUCGUAUCGGCUUAGAGUUGGAGAUUUCGUUCACGCUUUCUUCUCUCUUAUCGUUUUCAGUGUUAUUUCUUUGUUGGAUUCUAAUACUGUUAACUGUUUCUAUCCUGGAUUUGGUUCCACUGGGAAGAUUUUUCUAAUGGUUUUGCCUCCAGUGAUAGGAGUUAUAUCCGGCACUGUCUUCACGGUGUUCCCUACUAGACGUCACGGAAUUGGGAAUCCGUCCGAGAACAAUGACGAAAAUGCUUCUGAGAUGGAGAAAUGAUAUAUAUGAGUUUCACUAUAUAUAUGUGCAUAAUUCAAU